CACUGAAGCCAGUGCAAGUGGUACGUUCCGUAGAAAGCUCUUAUUAGGCAUUGCUGCACACUCAUGCUCCCGCCUAUCUGUUCCAGUUUAAGAUGUUUUUGUCGUACUUGUCCAAUAACAGCCUGUUACAGUGAUAGGUGUGAUAAUGUGUUUGUAUUGUAGACGUGGAAAGGAUGGAAUCAGCAAGCGAUGCGGGUGACUGUUUCAGCCUACGACAAUCCAUGUCAUCAGCGGGUCCGGAAAAUGUACUAGUGCUGGAUGGACUGCCCCUUGAACCAUUUGUGCCCUACCAGAUAGUCAGCCAAUAUGGGUUCCAUUACACAUUAGUACCGCACAAGCCAGAAUCUGUAGCGGAAAGGGUUAAGGACAAGCAAACACAAACAGCUAUUCCGACAUCCACGCUUGGCACUCAAACUGGGUUCCACAUGCAAAGUAGGGAAAGCCAGACAGGCAUGAGCCUUCCCCCUUCCAGCUCCCUUCUGUUGACAUCAUCUGAACUAGCAACUUGCUGUCCAGAAGACAGCAACAUUGAAAGCGUGGAUGUCUCUGCAGGACAGGCUUCCAUGCAGCAUAUAGGUGCACCAGCAUUUGAGGAACUGAUGCCAACAGAUAUGCUUUACAUGCCUCUUUCGCCCGUCCACUGCUCCACCCCAGCUAGAGAAGAACUUGAUACAACCUUGGGAUCUACAUGCCAGCCUGAUCCGAAGGACGUGACGGUCCACUCAUCUGAAUUAACAGAGGGAUCAGAGACUGAAGAUGACGAAUAUGAGAAGGAACAUGAGUGACAUCUUUCUAAAUCCCAUGUGCAUCGAACGCUAAAUCCAGAGGAACGUCUCUUCCUGGUGGCGGAGUCAAGUCUGCGAGAGCUCCUGUCACAGUGUCCUUGUGGCAGCAGCGAUGCUGAAACAGACAUCACAACAAGGGGCACAUGGCUGAGAGCAGCAACAGCUUGCAGCUGUGGGAAACUACGUACAUAGUCCAGCCAGCCUUGGGUGCAAGACAGACCACUCGGAAACAUCCUGCUCUGUAGUGCGAUUCUGUUUUCCGGCGUGAACAUAACCAAGGCAUUUCGUAUGUUCGCCAUGAUGAAGGUACAAAUACUGGCGCUUUUCUAGUGUUAAUGUAACCAAGGCAUUUUGUACA